UAAGACCGUCCUUAGCAUGGAACAGAGAGGUCAGGUAACUUGCUUUGGGUAGUUCACUUUCGUAAUGGCAGGUGAACAGCUGAGGCCUUUUAACCUAUUAAAACCGUACGAAGGAGGCUUAAUUUCGGCUACCAAGUGUGAGUCUUAACUAUAAUUAGGGCUGAAGAGGAGGUUACCGUUGUCACGUGGGGAGCUGGUAGUGGCCCCACAGCACUUUAUUCUGGAGUGGGGAAGGCUGCAGUGACGCCUCCUGGUGGCUCUCAGUGGUUCUAGCCGUCCGCUGGCUCUGAUUCUGCGACGAAGGGAAUAGAGCGUUAAUUCAUUUAUGUAUGUAAAGAAUUCUGCUAAAAGAAUUGACGCACAUCCAAAAGUCAGGAAGGAAUGUCUACCUGUUGACCCAACUACUGCUGAAUCACAGACCACUAGGAUACAAAGUCCAGUCUCUAGAACUCCUAAAACCAGAAAGAGGAAGAGCGAAACUACAGUCUCAUUAUCUGAAAUAAACAAACCGUCUACUGAUGGAGAGACCUCUGAAGCAGAGUCAAAUUGUUCUUCUGUAUCUGAGCUCCAGGAUCCCAUUUUAAGAGUAACUAGGAGACGGCAGAUCUUAGUUCCAUGCACUCCAGUGUCCAGUGUUCGGAAAAGGCUGAAAAUAACUCCAGUAAAUCAGUCUCAUAUUGAAGAAGACAAUGACGAUGACUCUGAAGCUGAAUCACAUGUCUCAGGUAUUUCUAGAAUUGUGCCGCCCACAGCAAUAACUACAAGGACCAGAAGAAGUAAGGCUAAAUCUGUAAGAGAUCCAAGCCAAGAAUUACAUGCAGAAGCUAUUUCUGAUGCUGAGUCAUCAUACUCAGACAUUUCUUCAUUUUCUGGAGUUGCAACUAUGAGAACGAGAAGUAUGCAGAAGAAAUUAAACGCACAAACUGAGGAGAAAGAUACUGACAUUGUACCAGAAAAUGAAAAGCAAAUCAUAAAUGUGCCUAUGAAUUCAAAGGAUUCAGAUACCAGACAAACAACUUGUUUACUGGUAAGAUCUCUUCCUCAGAUAAAUAAGCCAAAUUUCUAUAAUGAAAUUCAUAAUGACUUCGAUGAUGAUUCCUUCCACAGAAAUUCAGAAAAAAAACAAACAGUGCAAAAAUGCCAACGUUUUAAUAUAAGAGAGGAGAAAAAGGCCAGUGUUGCAUCUCUCAAAGAAAUAAGGCAGAAUAGUAAGAAUUUAGAUGAAGAAACCAAGGGAAUAGUAGAUGAGGAAAAAGAAAUAAAUAAGAAAAAUUCUCAGUUGGAGAGCCUUUCUGAACCUCAGGACACUGGCAUUCAGCAGUUAGUUUCUCAAAGGCAUUCAACCCCCCAAAAUAAUAAGACCACAUCAGAGCCCUCAAAUCUGAACUGUGAGGCUAUAAUGAAAUCAUUAGCUCAAUCAUUUGCAGUGGUGGAAGUGGACAGAUGGAAUGAAGAUAGAAAGAGCACCAUAAAAACAAGUGACUUGACAGGAUUUGGUGAUACUGGUAGUGAUGAAGAAGAAUGCACAGUUACAGGUAUCAGUGAAGAUAGGAAUGAAGGAAGGGAUGUAGAUUUUGAGUGUGAAACCAAACUAUUCAAGUCUGAGCUCCACACAUCCCUGGACAAAGGUGAUUCUGUUUUAUUAGUUCUCAGCAGUGAUGAAAGCCAGCAAUCUGAAAAUAGUGAGAAUGAAGAGGAUACUGUGUGUUUUGUUGAAAAUAAUGGUCAAAAGGAAUCAUUAAAUGGAGAAUCAGAAAAUAUGUCAUGUGACAAUGCAUUGUUUGUAAUUGACACAACUCCUGGAUUGAGUACUGAUAAACAUUUUUACUUGGAUGAGGGAGACAAGGCAAGUGAGGUUGCCACUGAGGAGGAAAAAGAGGAGGAAGAGGAUGAAAAAAGUGAAGAACCAUCGGACCAUGACAGAAACAAAGAUAGUGAGUUUAGUGAUGAAGACGAAUUACUAAAUAACACAAAGUCUAAACUCCUGAAGUUGACAAGCAGUAGCAUAGACCCUGGUAUGAGUAUCAAGCAGUUGGGUGGUUUGUAUAUUAAUUUCAAUGCAGACAAACUACAGUCAAACAAGAGAACCCUAACACAGAUCAAGGAGAAAAAGAAAAAUGAGCUUUUGCAGAAAGCCGUCAUUACUCCUGAUUUUGAAAAAAACUACUGUGUCCCACCAUAUAGUGAAUCAAAGCAUCAACUUCAGAAAAAACGCAGAAAAGAACGACAGAAAACAGCAGGUGAUGGCUGGUUUGGUAUGAAAGCUCCGGAAUUGACAGAUGAACUAAAAAAUGAUCUCAGAGCACUGAAGAUGAGAGCUAGCAUGGACCCAAAAAGGUUUUACAAGAAAAAUGAUAGGGAUGGCUUCCCCAAGUACUUCCAGAUUGGAACCAUUGUUGACAAUCCAGCUGACUUCUACCAUUCACGAAUUCCCAAAAAACAAAGGAAGAGAACUAUUGUGGAAGAAUUGCUGGCUGAUUCUGAGUUCAGAAGAUAUAACCGAAGGAAGUACUCAGAGAUCAUGGCUGAAAAAGCAGCAAAUGCAGCAGGAAAGAAGUUUCGAAAGAAGAAGAAAUUUCGCAAUUAAGAUUCACCAAGCAAGCCACAGUAUUUUAUAUCUCCCUUUAUUUACUCAAGAUGUUUUGAAAAUUAACAUCAUCAUACAAAUUAAUAUAGACUGGCCCUGUUUGAAAAAAGUUAACUUGAGGGCAAAUCAAUCAUAUACUCUUUGGGAUAAAAACAGGUGUGUCUACAAAAGAUCCACCCAUGCUUAGCCCCUUUGAGGGAGAAAAAGGGAAACCUCAACCAUUUUAAGAUGAAUAACAUUUUUGUAAAGUUUUCAACACUUGGUUAUUUGAAGAAAAUUGAAUUAAAAACAUUUAGAAGGUAUAAAGUUUGUUAAUAUAUAAAGAAAACUUUAAAAUUACACAAACAAAGCUAAACAAUACAGUAGAGUAAGCGCAUGCAUGCAUGUGUGUGUGUGUGUGUGUAGGGGGAGAUGGUAUACCAGAAAUGUCAUGUGUGUUUGUGUGUAGGGGGGAUACAGUAUACCCGAAAUGCCCUUUUCUAAGUUCAGGUCCAGAAAAUUGGUAAAGCUGGGAUACAGAAAUCUGCUGCUUGUGAGCAUAAAAGUCACAGUUGAAACCAAAGUAUUCUUGGAGCAAAUGUAUGUUAGUAUAUGACAGAAGAACUAAAUGAAGCUAUAUAAAAAGGACUUAAAAAGGUAAUGAAGACUUCCUAGAAAGUUUGGGUUAAAGGUGGACGAAGCAAGAGAACUGUUUUCUUUAGGAAAUGAAACAGGAGGAAAGAUUAAUUUUAUCCAGAGUCAGUGUUGUGUUCCAGGUGAAUUAGGCUUAUUAAAUCAGUAUAAUUUUAACUUGGUCAGACAUAAUUUUAAAGUGGUUCAGUUUAUUUCAUCUCCAAUAGCAGUAUACAUCCUGACUAAUCUCUUUGUGGUACCUAAGGAGUGUUGGCCAUUUCUCGUAAUGCUUCUUAGUGGGUUCUUUCUUUAAUAUCAUUAUUUAUGGAACCUCUAUUUUCCCAGCAAACUGUUGGGAUUUCAGUAAAUAUAAAAUUUCGUAUUUUGUAUUUAUUGCUUGGGAUCAUAACCAACCUAGUAAUAGAACUGACAGUGAUAUUCAUAGGUGGAGUUAGGCAAGUAUCUUAUCUGUUCUCUUUUACAGAAAAACUUUCAUUCCAGGAAUAUUAAGUUUUGCCUUUCACUGGGUAAAAUAAGGACCCGCUAUGAAAGAAUUAAAUACCAAAACAAGAAGAAGAAGUAAUAGUUAGUUUUACCCUUUGCAUAUUCUUCCAGAAGGAGUCGUUCUCAGAACAUUGCUUCAACUCAUGCUACUCUGCCGUAAGAACAGUCAAAAUUGUUAAUCAUUUGGUUUGAUGUCUCUGUGCACAGAAAGUUGAGGACUUACCCAGUUUUUCUCAGGGUCAAGGCGUGGAUCAACUUCUUACCUACCAUAUGAUUUUUGGGAUGGUUUCUGACUCAUGAAUGCUACUAUAGGUUGAAUUAUUUGGUACUUGAAAACUGCAGCCAUGACAUAUUUGUGAUGUUACGGUUUGUAUUACAAGUAAAACAACAUUAGUGACCUCUAAUCUUUGCCACACAAAAAGCAGCAUUAGAGCUUUCUGGAUUAGAAGGCAGUGCUAAGGAAAGAGAACUGAGCCUAAGCUCUAAGUCCGGCUCUGUCCUUAAGCCACCUUAGAUGUAUGUGUUUUCAGUAUUUACUUUUAGUUACAUUUUAACAUGCUCUCUUUUGUUGUCUCCACAGAUUCAUUUUUAAUUUUAUUUCACUAUAUGCAUUUUUGUAAGCCACUUAGAACAAGAUAGAGUUUUUAACAAUUACAAAGUACUUAGUGAAAUAAACUGAAAUGAUUCAACUAAAAAUCAUUUAAAGUCACCUCUGUUAAUGUUUAUUUUAAGGAACUGAAACUGCUAAUACAGCUUCUUCAUCUCAAAUGUGAUCUUCAGAAAUUUAUUUUAAAUCAUCAAAACUAAAGAAGAGUAACAAAGUAUAAUUACAGGUAAAGGUCAGAAGGAAGUCUUAGUGUUCCCAGCCUUCUGCAAAUAUCUGGAUAUUUGAAUAACGGAUGUAUUUUCCUUGGUUUUUUAAGCAAAGCAAUUCUGUGAGAAGCAGGUUUUAGUGAUUUUUGGCUUGUGUCACUGAAGGUUCACUUACUAGAACUCGUCUAAGGCUUCCUGACUAUGAGGAAGUACCCUGACUCCUCAGCUGAGAAGCAUUACAAAGCAUACAAAGUGCGGACAUGGUAGAGUGCGAAUGAAAGAAGGGCCUUUAAAAUACUGUUAAGAGCUCGAAAGAUUUCUGAAACACCCAUCUUGCUGCACACUGCUUUUAAGACCACUUAUUAAAAUGCCUGUAACACAACUAGUUUGUUAAGUGAGGAAAUUAGGGAGAGAGGAAAAGGACAGUGGAAGAAAUCAGAUGGAGCCAGGGUAAAGUUAGUAAAAUGAUUCUGUGAAACUGUGUAACAGUUGGUAAAGGUGGGCCCUGAGCUUCCUAGUAUCUAACACAAAAAUCAGUUCUGUGUUCACUAUUAUUAGAAGAUAAAAACAAACUAACUGCUUUAAAGAAACCCCAAUAUUCCUAAGACCUGAGAAACUUCUCAUGGGUCCCCAUAAAAGGAUGUCUGAUAAGAGGCUAUGCUUGGCUGCCCAGAGGAUACAUGGCAGGAUUUUAAAGAAAAAGAAAAAGGGGGUUCAAUACAACCUUCAGUAACUGGGAUAAACUUACAGGAUCCCACUCUUAGUAAGUUACAAGAAAACAUCAAGUGACAAAAAUGUUAAUACCAUUUCUGAGGUAUGUACUUUUCAGUUCAGUCUCUCAAUCACUGACAACUAUUGUUCAGAGUGAUAACCUAGAACAUUUUACUGAAAGAUUUCAGUAAGGGUUGAAACAAAAAAUGCUUUCUAACAAGCAUCUGACCAAUUGAGAUGUAAAAUGCAGGUCUUCUCAUGAUUGCACAAGUUAAAAGUGAGGAAGAAGUGUUUCUAAUUUAAAAGUGAAGAAGGAAUGCUUCCAAUUACUAAUAGCUUCCAAGAAGCAGGGUUAAUAGCAUGACCUGUAAUUAAAUGUCAUAGCAGAUCAGUGUUUUAUCAAAGAAAUAAAACCUCAAAAUGAACUUAGGAAAUGUGAAGUUGGAUAACUGGAGAGAGGUUCUGAAGUGGAAAAAAGUUCUCAGUAAAUACUUAACAUGAAUGGUGAGGAAGGCAAAAUUAUUUUAGGUGAUGGGUGGUGGACAGUAGAUGUCUCAGUUAUUGGUGCAUAACAAAUCACCCCCAAAACUCAGUGACUCAAAAGCACCACCAUAUUCUCACAUAUCCUGAUUUGGUGGGCCAGGGCUCAGCUGGGUGGUUUGUACUCUACAGCGUAUCGAAUGAGGUCACUCAGUGACUCAGCUAGUAGUGGAGUUGAUCUGGAAGGUUCAAGACACUUCCCUAACAUGCUUAUUAGCACCUUGUAAUUUUUUUUAAAAAAUGAGGACAUACGAAAUUUUUCUUCAGGAUAGCACUGAAUUGCUCUAAAACCAAAAGACCCACACACUUUGUGUGGCACUGAAGGCUCUGGCCUGGUUAAGUGGGCUGAAUUCAUAGUUAUUUAGGAAAUUCUACUCCCCACCUACCUCCUUCCUUUGUCCUAAGGGAGAAGGAGUUGCUAACUAGAUUGAAGUGAGCCCAAGAUUCUGGGCUCUGUUUUACAAAUGAAGAGAGUUACUGUAUUAACAGGUCAGAAAACGUGCCAUCACUCUUCCUGUUAGGGUGCAGGCCUGUCAUCCUUUCUUCCAAAAAAGAUGGGAAACUGGACUUGGGGCUUUCCUGAGCCACGCUUUCUCUACUAAAGGUAGGGGGUGAUGGGAACGUAAGUUGUUCCAUCACAACUUAGCUGAGAAGUGAUACAGUUGAGGCGUCUCUUCCAGCUAUGAGCUGAGUGGUGCUUUCUUCCUUGGGGCUCUUAUGGUUACAACCAGAACUGCAAAGGAGGGACUGGCAAGGCUUAGACACCAAAUCCUGACCUUAAAUCCCAUGCAACAUACGGAAAUUCUGAGGUUUUCCUGACCUUUUUAAAAUGACAGGAAAGAAAUAUGUGUUUGUAGUUGUCUAUGUGAAAAGAAAUGUUUGAAGCUUUGUUCAGUCUCUCAUUCCUACACCUACCGCCCCACCUCACGCCCCAUAACUCGGGAAGUUCAGAAGAGUAACAUAUUAAAGUACAAACAAGACACAUUGUGAUUAACUGGACUUUUUCUGUAUCUUAAAGUCAGUAUAGUAUCAGUAAGACUUAUUUUUUCCUUAAGUGUGUUUGUGCAUAUAUGCACACAUUUACACACAUACACACACCAAAAUAGCAAUGAGAUGAGGAGAACAAGUCAUAGCUUACUUCUGGAAUGUGAAGCUCAUUAAAACCUUGGCUAAUUUAUCUAACAGCUGCCCUUCCAGCCAAAUCUGCCACUUCUCCCCACUUCAGCUUCACCACAGGUCAUCUCACCUGCCUUGAUGUGGAGGGGACCAGGUAUCAAAGUGAGAUGAAAGGGUACUAAACAACUGGGCCAGUGCCUUCCCCAUGCCUUGGUGACCGCAACUGCUGCCCUUUUUACAUAUUUUACCUUUAGAGAGACCCUUGGUUUUUCCUUUAGUGAGAUCACUAUCCUGAUUUAAUGAAAAACAUUUCAAGAUGACCCUACAGUUCCUCAGUCUCCAAUUCAAUGUCAUCAAUUCCAGUUACCCUCAUUUCCACUCCACUUCCGCCAAUUGCUAUCCUUGCCUUAGACUUGUUACUUGAAACUGUUCAAAGGUCAAGAUUCUGAACUCUCAGGGUAGGGUACCCCAAUCUGUUAGCCUUUUUUUUUAAGAUUUUAUUUAUUUGAGAGAGAAAUUAAGAGAGUGAGUGGGAGGAGGGGCAGAGGGAGAAGCAGACUCCCCGCUGAACAGGGAACCUGACACAGGACUCGAUCCCAGGACUCCGGGACCAUGACCUGAGCCAAAGGCAGACGCUUAACCAACUGAGCCACCCAGGCGCCCCAGCCUUCUUCCUUCUAAUCUAACCUUGGCUGCACUUUGGAAUUACCUGAGGUGGCUCCAAUAAUACGGAUGCCUGGGCCCCACCCCCAAAGAUUGUGAAGUCCUGAUCUCAAGCAUUGCAGCCACUCUUACUCUCCCAAUCCUCCACCCCAUCAGGAUACAUUUUCCUCCCUAACCAAUCUGGACCCAAUUGGUCAGACAUCUCAAAAAUUCUCUGUAUUCCCCUGGUCUCUCUAUUCUCUAUUUUUUUCUGUUACUGUCACCUGCGAGGCCCAGCCAGGGAAACACUGUUUCUUAUCUGUCCAGAUUACUGAGAUUUGGGAAACUACCAUAAGCUACAGACUCUCAGCUGGACUUUCACUGCUGUUCCACAGUUCUUUUAUUCAAAUCUGAUUACUUUCCACUAAAUUCAUUCAGUCUGAAAGUCAGCCAGUCGCCACAAAAUUGAGUCCUAUAGAUUUUUUUUUUUUUUAAGAUUUUAUUUAUUUAUUUGACAGACAGCAAGAGCAGGAACACAAGCAGGGGGAGUGGGAGAGGGAGAAGCAGGCUUCCUGCUGAGCAGGGAGCCCGAUGUGGGACUCGAUCCCAGGACUCUGGGAUCACGACCUGAGCCGAAGGCAGCCGCUUAACGACUGAGCCACCCAGGCACCCCUAUAGAUUAUUUAAGCCCCUGAACCCAGAUUCACUUACCAACUGGUUUCCCAGUAAGGCAGUGACCCAAGACAGGAGGGCAGGAGAAAGGGAGAAGUCAAGCUAUUUCUCUCCCUCUGCUUUAGAUUGGGUUGGGGCUCAGCCAUUUCCCAAUCCCCACAAGGCAGCCCUCCACCACUGAAUGGCCCAGGCCUCUGGGUUUAGUAACACCAUCUCCCAAUGACCCUGUGGCACUAAGGGAGAUAGAGGUUUCCUACUUUUCCAAUCUCUGGGUUGCCCAUACUUUCAGCACUUCCAUCACCUGCAUAACAAUUCCCUAUAUUAAAUUCUCUAGAGUGAAGCAUUUUUCUGCCUGGACCCAACUGAUACAUGUCAGCCAAACCAAACUAGCUGAUAGGGAGUGUUCAGUCACUGAAUACAUACUAAGUUCUAUGCAUGCCAGCCACUCUGCCAGAUACAGUGAGUUUUUCCCCUUUUAUGUCUUUGUUCAUAUGGUUAACUCCACCUAAAAUAUUCCUUGCUGCUUUCCCACCUAACAAAACACUGCUGACCCUUCAAGCUUAUAAGAAGCCAGUAUUCUGAGCAUCCACUCUGUGCAAGGCACGCUGCUGGGGGUACAUCCCAGGCAUCACAAAACUGACAGUCUGUGUUUCUUCAUGAAGUGUUUUAUCAGAUUUUCUCUACUGAUGUGUACACUCUCGAAAGUCCCAUUUGCUUUUUAAAAAAAAAAAAAAAAAACACUUGUAUUUAACAUCUAUGUAGCACUUACUACUAGGCACUGUUCUAAGAACUUACAAAUACAGCUGGUUUUUAUGUAACUGUAUGAAACAUUAUAUUCAUAUAUAACAAUUUAGGUAACCUUAGGUAAACCUGUGAAGUAGGUGCUACUAUUGUCCUCAUUUUAUAAGUGAAGAAAUGGAGGCACAGAGAAGUUAAGGAACCUGCCUAAGGUACAGAGCUAGUAAGUGUAACUGUCACACUUUCAUUUUAACCUUGCACUAUGGCUAUCUGCAUACCUGUUUCCACAUCACCAGCAAAAACUGCUGAACUUUUUCCCUUUCUUUACCAGUUACAGAACACAUGAUUUUUAGCUGGGAAUGUGGCUUCCUGGGGAAAAAAAGAUAUGAUUCUCACCUUCCCAUGGGAUGUAAAUGAAAGCAGUAUGGGCAACUUCUGGGACGUGUCCCUCAGAGAAGGGUGAGCUUGAAGUGGGGCUCUGUCCCUUUUUCUUCUCUGCACUAACUAGUAUGUUGACCUGAUGGCAGGGGAGGAGCAAUCUUCUUGGAACAUCAGGAAAAAAGCUGCAUUUAUAAGGUGAAAGAAUAAAAAGGAGCCUGGAUCUCUCAUGAUCAAGUAGUUGCCACUGCCUGAACUUUCACAUGAGGAAGAACCCUCCACCUUGCCGAAUCCAUUGGUAUUUUGAGCUUCCUGUCACUCCUACCAAAGCCAAUCCUAAUUAAUGGGAUCAUCGAUCCAUGGCUCCCUGCCCCACACUAGGGUGAACUCUAAGAAAAUGCACUCUAUCUCUCUCACCUUUGUAUUUCUUUCCAAUGUGGUUCUUUGAACAAAGCUAGUACUCAAAAAUAUAUAUCCAAUUGAGGACGAAUGCGAUUACAAAAUAUUUUUUUAAAUGCUGAUGCAUGUAGAAAGCCCCAGAUCAAGGAGGAAGCUGGAAUGAAACCACUCUUGGCCUCUGGUACUCAGAGUCUGGAGCACAGGCAGCAAUAAGAUGGGCGUGCUCUCCACACCCUGGGGCAACCCCCUCUUUGUCAGUACCUUCCUGGAACCCUGGGGAUGUGAGGCCGAGCUGUAAAAGAGCGCAAAGAAAAUAGGUCUUCAAAAUGGAACACCUUCAGUUCCCCCUUCACCUUCAUGCUUUUAUCCCUGCGUUCCUCCUGCCUCAGAAGAGCAGAUGUUUUCCCAUCAUUCCUAGGCUAAGCUUUUCACCUUCCUCCCAUAACAUCUUUGCAUCUUAAUUUUCUCAUCUGUAAAAUGGGGAUAAUUAUUACUUAGUAGGACUUGGGGAAUAAUUAAAUGGCAAGGGAUAAAUAAAUUUGUUGGCGUUUAGAAAAAUGUUAGAGGUUCUUUUCCUCUUGAUUCCCUUCUCUAGAGGCAACUUGCUUCAUCAGUUUUUGGAGAGAAUACUUUCUUCUAGUCUUCUUCCUACCUUUCUGGCUGCCUUUUCUUGGACUCUGGAAAAACUCCUUCUUUACCUAUCCUUCAAAUGUCUGUGCUCUGGGUUUUUCCCCGCACUACCUCCCUAGUUCCAGCCUCCAUCAUUUUCUUACCUAGGUAACUCCAACUGCCCUGAACUGGUCUCCCAGCUGCCAGGCCUGCACUCUGCCAGCCAGCCAUCCACACUACAGCCAGAGCGGGGAUAGAAGGCACACAUCCAAGCACACUGCUUCCCACCUGAAAGCGAUUCAGUGGUUUCCUACUGCCUUUUGGGUAAAGUCCACAGUCCUUAACAUGUUGUACAAGACUUUCAGGACACGCUGCCUGCUGGAAUCACUACAAAGAGAGAUUUUGUUCCGUUUCUCCACAUUUAACCGGGGGCGGGGGGGGGGGCUCCUAAAAAGUAUACUUAUGGCUGAGAUCCAGUAUAUAGUAAAAUGUAAGGAGUCAAUAAAUGCUGAAUGCAAUUCAGAAAAUCUUCAGUGGAUAAGCAGUAUCAGAGUGAUCUAGGAACAAUUUUUUUUUCCCUUCAUCAUUAGUAUUGGGUUUUGGUUUUUUUUAAACUUGACUUUUUUUUUUUUAAGAUUUAUUUAUUUAUUUAUUUAUUUGAGAGAGAGAGAAUGAGAGACAGCAUGAGAGGGAGGAGGGUCAGAGGGAGAAGCAGACUCCCUGCCGAGCAGGGAGCCCGAUGUGGGACUCGAUCCUAUGACCCCAGGAUCAUGACCUGAGCCGAAGGCAGUCGCCCAACCAACUGAGCCACCCAGGCGCCCUAAACUUGACUUUUUCAUUACAAGGAUAAGAUUGGCUUAUUAUGAAAAACUUCAAACAUUACAAUGAGAUAUAAAGUAAAAAAGGCCUUCCGUCCCUUCAUAUCACUGCUCCUCCUGCCCCAGCACUGUUAGCUGUAUAUGCUUCCAGAAAGUUUAUAUGCACACACAAUCAUAGUAAUGCACGUUAUUACUAUUAUUAGUAGUAUUAUUUAACACAAGUAGAAUCAUAUUAAACAUGCUCAUUUUCAUAUCAGCUUUUUUCAUAUAAUCUUGGAUAUUUUUCCAUAGCAGUGUAUAUACAUCUUUCUCAUUUUUUAAAGGUCUGCAUUGUAUUCAAUUAUAUGACUCUACUAUACUUUCUUCAAAGUUAAUUUUUUAAUUUUUUAAUUGAAGCAUAGUUGGCAUACAUUAGUUUCAGGUGUACAACACAGUGAUCGACAAUUCUAUACGUUACGCAGUGCUCACCAUAAGUGUAGUUUCCACCUGUCACCAUACAGAAUUAUUACAAUAUUGACAAUAUGCACUAUGCUAUACUUUUCAUCCCUGUGACUUAUUUUAUAACUGAAGUUUGUACCUCUUAAUUUCCUUUACCUAUUUUGCCCAUCUCCUACCCCCAGCAACCACCACUUUGUUCUCUGUAUUUAUGAGUCUGUUUGUUUGUUUUCAAACAGUUCAUUAUUGAUAGAGAUCUAGGUUAUUUCUAGUUUGUGGCCAUUCUAAAUCUGCAUUUAUGGGAGAUAAAUGUGAAUUUUUCUAAAUACACAAAAAUGCAAAGUAUUAGAAUACUAAAAUAAAUAUACAUCACAACCAAGUAGGAUUCGCUUCAGAAAUGCAAGAAGGGUUAAAUAUUAGAAAAUCUGUUAAUAUAUUGCAUAGUAUUAACAGAUCAAAGGAAAAAACCUCCAUAGAUUACUGACAACUAGGGAUAGUUUCUUAAUGUGAUAAAGUGUGUGUGUGUGUGUGUGUAUGCAUGCAUGCGUGUGCACCAACCCCAAAAGCUAGCAUCAUGCUUAGUGGAGAAGCAGUCCUAUAAUGGUUAGAAACAGGACAGUUCAGUCUACUGUCACCAUUAUCACAAAAAUUAACAUUUUUCUAGAGAUACUAGCAGAUGCUAUUACAAGAGAAAUAAUGAGACAUAAGAAUUAGAAAAAAGAUAAAAUUAUAAUUAUUUGUGAAUGAUAUAUUACCAGAAAACACAACAUACUUAACUGAAAAAACUACUUUUCCUUUUAAAAAACUGAGAUAAUUCACAUAGCAUAAAAUUCAUCCCUUUAAAAAUGUGCACUGGGUUUUUGUAUACGCAGAGUUGUGCCAUUAUCACCACUCAUUCCAGAACACUUCUGUCACUCCCCCAAAAUGCCAUUAAAUACCCACUUCACAUUCCCCUUAGCCCCAGCACUUGGCAACAAUUAACUUCUGUCUCAGUAGAUUUGACUAGUUAGGAUAUUUUAUAUAAAUGGAAUCAUACAGUAUGUGGUCUUUUAUGACUGGCUUCUUGGCAUAAUGUUUUCAAAGUUUAUCCAUGUUGCAACAUGAAUCAGUAUUUUAUUCCUUUUUAUUGCUCAAUAAUAAUAUUCCAUUGUAUGGAUAUACCACAUUUUGUUUAUCCACUCAUCAGCUGAUGGGACAUUUGGAUUGUUUUUACUUUUUAUUAAGAAUAAUGCUACUAUGACUGUUGAA